AUGUCCAACCCGCUCUCGCACCUGGGCAGAGGGGACUGCGCCGUCCUGGAUCCGAAUCCUGGAGACCUGGCUGUGGACCUUUCUGGGGGAGACUACGCUGUUGUUUGGGCUCACCAUGGUUUUUUUCAUGCAGCCCCUGGGGACUUGGAGGACGUGGAUGACCCUCGGCCUCUAGAGGCCGAGGGUCUCCCGCCGCCCCCGGAAGAGGAUCCAGGGGAGCCUAGGUCUCCUUCCCCCUCCUCUCCUCCUAUUCCUGUUUCUGUCCCUUUAGGUGGAGCUGUGUUUCCCCCGGUCAUCUUCAGGGUCUUAGAAGAGCUGACUUUUCAGCCUCUGACUCCUGCUCCUCCCUCUCCUCUUCUUGUCUCCUCCCCCUCUCCCCCUUCCUCUCCUGGUUCCUCUUCAGAAACCACCCACAGCAGCUCUCCUGUUGAGUCUGGAACACAGACAUCAGUGUGUCCAGAGCCUGAUGAACAUGUUCCCUACUCACUGCACUGUGAGGGCCACACGCCUCUCAGCGAGAAGGAUCUUGCAUGA